GGGCCCAGGCCUGAGGGUCCGAUCCAGUUUUGCCCGCGGCUGGGGGCGGUCGAGGCGCCGCGGUCCGGCGGCUCGCACAGCGGCUCUCUGGGCGUCCGGCCCUCCGGGGUGUAUUUCUGGCUGCCAUGGCCGCCCUCGGCUUGCGGGCCUUCGGGACAAAGGGGCUCGGCUGGCUCCGGCGCAACCCGUGGGCCCCGCUCUCCGCCGGCUUCUGCAGCAGGGGGCCCGGGCCGCGACCCACCAGCGCGCGGCAGCGGGAAGGCAUCAGGAACAUUGUCUUGAGUGAUCCAAAGAAGAGGAACGCGCUGUCAUUAGCGAUGCUGAAAUCUCUCCAAAGUGACCUUCUUCACGAAGCGGAGAGCAAAGACCUCAAAGUCAUUAUCAUCUCAGCGGAGGGGCCUGUAUUUUCUUCUGGGCAUGACUUAAAGGAGCUGACGGAUGAGCAGAGCCCGGAUUAUCAUGCCGAAGUAUUUCAGACCUGUUCUGAGGUCAUGAUGCUGAUCCAGAGCCACCCGGUCCCCGUCAUCGCCAUGGUGAACGGCUUGGCCACCGCCGCCGGCUGUCAGCUGGUGGCCAGCUGUGACAUUGCCGUGGCGAGCGACAAGUCCUCUUUUGCCACUCCAGGUGUGAACGUCGGGCUCUUCUGCUCUACCCCUGCGGUUGCCUUGGGGAGAACAGUGCCGAGAAAGGUUGCCUUGGAAAUGCUGUUUACUGGGGAGCCCAUUUCCGCUCAGGAGGCCUUGCUGCACGGGCUGCUCAGCAAAGUAGUGCCAGAAGACCAGCUGGAGGAAGAGACCGCGAGAAUCGCAAAGAAGAUCGCCUCCUCGAGCCGCCCUGUGGUGUCUUUGGGCAAGGCCACCUUCUACAAGCAGCUGCCCCAGGACCUUAGAACAGCCUACUACCUCACCUCCCAGACCAUGGUGGACAACGUGGCCCUGAGGGAUGGGCAGGAGGGGAUCAAGGCCUUCCUCCAGAAGAGAAAACCCAUCUGGUCACAGUAAGUGAACCGGAGGAGGAGUCCUGCACCCCUCACCCCCGCCCCCCACCCCCCACCUUCUGAGGCCCAGACACCGCUGCUGCCUGGUGACCGUAGAAGAGACAGCCUGCCGUAUCUUACAAUGGUUGUGUCGCUUGUGGUCUGUGUGAAAAGCCGUGAUUCCGCGGGGGAAGGGAUGCGGUGUGGAAUCGAAUGGAGUGGAGGUUGGGACCCGUGCCGGCCAGCUCUGGCGGAAAGCUCAUACUUGACGUACUCCUUCACGGGGACCACGGGUGAGGGGUCACCGGAUGCAGGAGAAAGCGAGGACACGCGAGGCGUGAAAGAAGGAUGCCAACCUAAUUCCGCUUCCAGAAGCGUCCCCUGAGGCGGAGGCCCUUCUGUCCGCCCGAGAGCAGCGAGACAUUUCACAUCUCCCCAAGAUUCUCCACACUGAAAACCUUCUUGAUUCCACUGAGAAAUAAUCACGCCUAUGGCUUUGAACUAAUCUUCUCUGAUUUAGAAAGAUUACAUAUUUAGAGAGACCGGUAAUUUUAUCUUCCCAACCAGACUGUAAGCCGUCUGAGAAAAGAAAGAAAAAAAAAAUCCCUGACCUCUUUCUUUGGGUGCCCACACUCGUGGGCGUACAUCAGAGGCCUGGUGUUCCUGUAACGCACGUCCUGGCUAUCCAACACCCUGAAACCAGGGUCCUGGGCUAGAGCUGGGGAUAAAAACCCCGGGGAGACGCGGGAGGGACACAGAGCACAUGGCCUGCCCACCAGACAACACCCACUCUGGACACGUUUCCAAACCCUGCCCAGCCUCUGGUAGGCAAUAAAACCAGCCCCAGGCGUUUGAGCCCCCCAGCUGAGCAUUCAAAUUAGGACCUAUUCGUUUCUGGCUUCUGGUCCAACACCGCCUAAGAAACGCUCUAAGUCUCUUGUCCUCAAGCUUUUACCAAGGAUCUUAUCUUUUUUAAAAAGCCAGCUUAUCUUCGCUAGGAGUGGAAGGUGGCCAUAAAUGCGGUCGGUGCUGUGACAGAAAUAGAGAACCAUGUGGCUCAAACCCGAGGCUCUCAUUCAGGCUCGAGUGUGUUGGGAAGGAUGCCCCCUCACGCUUUCACAGAUUCCUACUGAGAUUGACAUUUUUGGUUUUGCUUUGCCAGAGUUUAGAAAGGUUAAAAAAAAAAAAAAAAAAAGUGUUUUCUUGGAAAGGAGGAACUUGUUAGUAAGAUGGUCCUCAUGAGCAGAGGUCCCGCGUCCUGGCCACCUGGGAUGUGCUGAGUGCCAUCCGCACAUCCGUGUUCCGUCUUCAUCCGGAACCCAGUGGAGCAGGUGCCACGGUUAUUCCCAUCGCACAGAUGUGUUGUCCAGGCCCGCUUCGUGCCAGGUCAGACAGUGGACACGGGGUAGGGUGAGGGUUCCAGACUCUGCCUGCCUGAAGAAACACCGGCGGCCCUUUCCCUCUGGCCGCGCCACCUCCUGUAGCGCGCCCGGGCUGGUGUGAGGCCGGCCAGAGAGAGGACUUCCCUGCCCCACAGCAGCUUUCUGAAACAAGGGAACGGGCCACACACUCCCUGCUACGCAACUUGCCCGUGCACAACAGACAUCAGAUGCGAAUUUUGGCAGACCCCUGAUGGAGUUUUCCCCACGAAGCUGAUACAGAGCUGGCUGAAGUUCUGGACUAGAUUGUGAAGGACCAGACUGUCGCCGUCUGCUCAAAAACAGUGCUGUCGACGGGGCCCCUCCGCUACCUUCCCGCCCAGGUGGCCUGCCGUGGAAGUCAUUAUUUCACAGUUACUGGAUCACACAGUGUAGGGGACAGGGUGUGAGAAAGGUUCCGGGCCUCAGAGAAAGUGACAAGGCCUCCCCUCACACACCCGUCUGGCCAAUGCAAAUCCAAAGUUAAGUUUCCAGGGUCUGCAUGAACAUGCACCAUCCUCCAAAACUGUGAGAUCCCCAGGGCUCUCGGCUGGCUUCCCAGUGCACUCAGGGACCAGCUAUAAAUCGUAACACUCGCCUGUGGAGAAAAUAACCCAGAAGGAAGAUCUGCCCCCACCCUCUGGAGUCAUAGAAUUCAUCCCCAGGAAAAUCUAAAUCCGGGGUUAGUUUGCAUCUCUGCUUCCCUCCACUGGGACGCUGAAUGAGAUUGUUCUGAUAGCCACACGUGACGUUCGCUUUUGGAAAGCCUAGUGUGUGUCGCCUUUCCCUCUGUACCGUGCACUUCUCAGGGAGCCCUGCUGGGCUCAGCCCAGCCAACCGCGUCCCUGCAGUUCAGGCACGGGAACCGGUAUCCACUCCAGCUCGGGGUGAGCGAGCCCUCCAGAGGCCGGCUUGAGCCCCAGAGAACGCAAGCACAUGAGGGACACCGUUUGCUCCACUCCAGUGAACUCGGGGUGGCUGCCGUUCGGGAACCAGUGCUGAUUUCAUGAGCCUCAACUCCUCAGUUCCUGCGAGCAGCCCAGUGAGGCAGUUCUUACCAGCCCCCCGGUGUGCAGGAGGCUCUGGGAAGUUCUGGCAUUUGCCAAAGUCAGGCCCGCGUGUGGGUUUGGGUCUGUGGGCUUCUGAAGGCUGUGCUCCUGACCACCGCACUGUGUUCCUCCUGGAAAGGUUCCUGUUCCAGCCCGCACACACUGACUACCAGUCGGAAAUGCCACAGCCAAGGCAACGCAGUUUCGCUUCCAGGAGGAGAUACGGGAAAAGCAGGGAUCUGAACGCAAACAGCAUCCUGGCCCCAGGUCUGCCACGGAACUAGCUGUGUGGCAGGUGCAGGUGACAAAACUGCUUUCGCCGCUCAAGAGGGCGUGUCUGUAACAAUGACACCAUUGGACACUCUUGUCCUCUUCCUUGUGACAUUCCGGAUUCGACAAGGCCGGGAUUUGGGAACUUGCUAUGAAAUUUGAAACAGGCCGCUUUUGCUCAAAGAAAAUGCUCUUUUACAAAUGGAGAAGAUGGGCAUUUUACCUGGAGGAGUAGUAAACACUGGAAACACCUGAGCACAUCUGAGACCAACAACUCCAUUACAGAUAUUCAGAGCUGUGGGGGCCACAUCCAAACCUUCUGAAGAUGUGAUCAACUAGGAAGACCCGCCCUGAGGCACAUCUCAAAAUUGGCUCUUACCCUGAAUUUUGUCUGGAUGCCUUAUUCAGCCAGCCCCGCCCUCCGCUUUCUUCUCCUUCUCAAAACCCACGGCACUAAGAGUCGCGUUUCCAAAGUGUGGCCUGUGGAUGACCUGGGUCUUCAAAUGCAGAUUCCCGGGCUCCUCAUCAGAGCUACUGAAUCACAAAUGCAGACUCCCGGGGCCCAAAAAUAUGUAUUAAAAGGAAAAAAAAGGGGGGUUUCCAAGUGAUUCUGCUGCGCAGUAAAAUGUAUGAGCUGACUGCGUGCAGAUGGAGGUGACCCAUCUGUCUCCAGCUGUAUCUGUAUUUUAACGGUCAAAGCAGUGCAGGUGCUGUGGUGAAGUUCCGGGCAGUCACCGCUGGCUCCGAGAGGGAUGUCAACAGCCUCUUCCAGGAGCCUCUCGAAACCAGCCAGGCAGGCAGGUUUUUGGGCCUUUGUAGGCCCUCGGUGCUCAUGACUUUGGGAGCCCCA